CAAAUACGGAGUAGUAGAGUACUAUACUAUGCGGGUGGGUGGAGCCGUGGAGGAAAUGAUGGGGAUGGUGUUCGUUCAUCCAAUCACCCUCACCAGAUUCACCGUUUCUCAAUUCACUUUUUACUCAGGUUUUAUCCAUAUUUUCGGACUUUCACUCCCAUAUUUGAUUCAGGUUGACACCGUAUUCUUCGCAAUAUUGACCGGGCUAAGGAGUGCAACAAGGGAAAAUUCAUGAAUUUAACUGUGAUUUGAAAUAAAACACUUUUUUCAUACAUACUGAAAAAAAACUCUACUCUUUUUUCAUCAAUAAUGAAAUCAAAGCUCAAUAAUGGGUGUCAUCCUGUCCUUUUGAUGAUAUUGACCGGCCUAACAUUCACUUCAAGAGCCCAAACUUUCUGCACAUGAAGCCAUUGUCAACAAAGCUAGCAACACUGCAUCUCCAGGUUCCUGGAUCACACAUACUCUUACUAGCAAGUUGAGAUGUAAUAAUGGGAUAACAAAAGAGCUUCUCUGCUCAGCUCUCAAACUAAAUAGAACUUCUACAGGUCGGAGAGACAAGUAUUUGUCUGCCUGUGCGCAUUGUAUUAAGUUCCUGACAUGGAUUUAAAAGCUGAGAAACUAGCACUGAAUGGGAAAACGGCUGGGAAGCCAAUUCGGUGUAGAGCUGCGGUGGCAAGGAAAGCUGGGGAGCCGCUGGUGAUAGAGGAGGUGAUUGUGGCUCCUCCCAAAUCCCAUGAAGUUCGCAUCAAGAUUAUCUGCACUUCUCUCUGUCAUAGCGAUGUUACCUUCUGGAAACUGCAACAAUAUCCAGCGUGUUUUCCAAGAAUCUUGGGUCAUGAAGCGUUUGGGGUCGUAGAGAGUGUGGGAGAAGAUGUGAAGGAGUUAAUAGAAGGAGAUUCAGUUAUUCCAUUAUUUUUAGCAGACUGUGCAGAAUGUGUGGACUGCAAAUCCAAGAAAAGCAAUCUUUGUACAAAAUUUCCAAUGAGCAUCUCUCCUUUUCUACAUAGAGAUCAAGCAAGCCGAUUCACUGACCUCAAAGGAGAGACUUUACACCAUUUCCUGUUCGUAUCAAGUUUCAGUUAGUACACUGUUAUUGACAUUGCUAAUGUCACAAAAAUUGAUCCUAGCAUCCCACCAAACCGGGCAUGCCUCCUUAGCUGUGGAGUGUCGACAGGAUUAGGUGCUGCUAUAAGAACAGCAAAUGUGGAACCAGGAUCAACUGUUGUUAUCUUUGGGUUGGGAGCCAUUGGAUUAGCGGUUGCAGAGGGAGCCAGGCUUUGUGGUGCCACAAGAAUUAUAGGUGUUGAUAUAAAUCCAGAUAAAUUCAAGAUUGGUAAAACAUUUGGGCUUACUGAUUUUGUAGAUUCUUCGACUUGUGGGAAUAAACCCAUUAGUCAGGUGAUAUUGGAGAUGACUGAGGGUGGUGCAGACUAUUGCUUUGAAUGUGUGGGCAUGGCAACACUAGUCCAGGAAGCAUAUGCCUGCUGCAGAAAGGGUUGGGGGAAGACAGUGGUAGUAGGAGUUGAUAAGCCCGGGGCACAAUUAUGCUUCCAAUCUUUUGAUGUUCUUCACAGUGGCAAAAGCCUCAUGGGGUCUCUCUUUGGUGGUCUCAAACCCAAAUCUGAUAUACCCAUCCUUGCCCAGCGUUACAAAGAUGGGGAGCUACAACUAGAUGCAUUCGUGACUCACGAGGUGAAUUUUGAAGACAUCAACACAGCUUUUGACUUACUACUCCAAGGGAAAAGCGUAAGAUGUGUCAUCUGGAUGGACAAGUGACCCUUGUUUACAUCUUGCACAUUGCUCUUUGUAUCCUCUUGAUGAAGAAUAUUAUUGCAUUAAUAAAUAAAUAAAUAAAUAAAAAUAAGUAAAUAAACAAGUGUUACAUGUGCACUAUGUUGUCUAUGUGCAGUGUUUGUUGCUCCAUGCCUGUAAACAAUCAAAAUAAUAUGUUUGUUGGAUACAUUAGGGUGAUCAUGAGUCCAUCGAGCGUAAAUUGUCUACCACAUCCAAUCAUAUCAAAGCCA